UUAUUAGAAUUUAUAUUUUACGUUCGAAGGCUUUACAAACACACUCGCCUCUGAAGUUUGGAGUCCUAAUUGAAAACGAAAUAUUUACAAAUCGAAAUCCAAUUUGCUGGUCUCAAGAUCUUGUAUCCAGUUUAGAGAAGUCGGUUAAGGAGUGACUGGAUGUUAGUUGACCGCAGGGAACACAACUAUCAUAGGCGUGGAUGGAGGGGAGGUGAUCUUAUGAUACUGAUAUGAAACAAGAUUUGAAACAAUGAAAUACACUGAACCUCAAGAGCUAAAAUGUGAACUAUUGGGUAUCAGCUAAAAAUAGAAAUUAACCAAUGGACAUCAGCUAAAAUAAGGAAUUAACCAAUGGACAUCAGCUAAAAUAAGGAAUUAACCAAUGGACACCAGUUAAAAUAAGGAAUUAACCUAUGGACAUCAGCUAAAAUAAGGAAUUAACCAAUGGACAUCAGCUAAAAUGAGGAAUUAACCAAUGGACACCAGCCAAAAUAAGGAAUUAACCAAUGGGCAGCAGCUAAAAUAAGGAAGGAAUCAACAUAACUAUCAAAAGACUCAUUUGUGGCGAUGCUCUUGUAAACUUCUCCGGCUUUGAGGACCACGGAAGCUAAGAGACAAAGACUCAACGGGAAGCGAAGAAGAUCGAUACAGGCAUUAUAACAGGGCAUAAUAUAUCUGAAGAAAUAGAAACAUUGAAAAGAGUGUUUAAUGGGCAAGAGACCUAGAACAAAGAACCUGUACUGAGAGUUGUCUUCUUGAGAAAAGUAAUAACACGACCAUCAAGCGUUCCCCUUAACCAUUACCCACCUGUUGCACGGUGUUUAUAAGUGUGUUUGACUGGACACGAAAAAUGUACAAGAGUGACAUAGGUAUAUCAAAAUUACCGCCAGAAUCUUGUAAAGUCGCCAAGACUCUUUGGUCAUAAGAUAUAGUAGACUUUAUCUCUUGUCAUUCUCCAGCAUGGCUGACAACUCUUUAGUCAACGAGACAACAUCCACGCCUUACGUGGAGUCUGUCACGCUCGCUGUCCAUAGCCCUAAGGUGGAGGAAAUCCUACAGCGGUGUGACGAGGAGCUCAGGAGUAUACUGAGUGCAAGUAAUGAGAACCAUGCAUGGCUUAAUGAGACAUAUUCUCUCCCUGACUACACCCACUGUGAGUACUGCAACAUCAGUCAGGAGGAACUAGACACUUUGUUCUACUCUGGCGUCUGCAUACCCUCCGACUAUUCGUACAUGCCCCUAAUAUACCAGAUGUACGCCUUGAUCUUCGUAGUGGCACUAGUGGGGAACUCGCUGGUGCUGUACACGGUGGCCAGCAGCAGUAAGAUGCACACCGUCACCAAUCUUUUCAUCGCUAACUUGGCCUUCGGUGACCUACUCAUCAUGGUACUGUGCGUCCCCUUCUCUGUCGCCUCCAUCAUCGUCCUUCAGUAUUGGCCUUUCGGUGAGGGCCUCUGUAUUUUCGUCAACUAUUCUCAAGCAGUGUCCAUCUUUGUAUCGGCAUACACCUUGGUAGCCAUCAGUGUGGAUCGCUACCUGGCUAUCAUCUACCCAUUGCGGCCCCGGAUGACCCGUCUGGAAGCCAAAGUUAUCAUCGCCCUGGUGUGGGGUCUGGCGCUCUUCACUACCCUCCCUAUAGCUGUGUUCUCAGGACUCGAUCCCACUGAUAUCCGCAUGUACCAGUCAUAUGGCCGAGAGGUGUGUAGAGAGCAGUGGCCCGACGAGGUUCUCCGUCAGUACUACACUAUGGCCCUCAUGAUUCUUCAGUACUUCCUCCCGCUCGUUGUCCUCAUCUUCACCUACUCGAGAAUCGCAUGGAAAGUGUGGGGAUGUAAGCCGACCACAUCUCCCGGUCCUAGACAUAACGUUACACCUCUGUCGGCGCUCACCUCCCCGGAGACAGGUCGAAGCUUCUUAAGGAAGAGCACCAGCGACCACUCUCCCGCCAAGAUGAUCAAAAUGACUCUGACGGUGGUGCUGGUGUACUCCCUCUGUUGGCUGCCCUUCAACCUCCUCCUGGUGGUGCUGGAUUUCGUGGAAGAUGUGGAAUAUUGGCCACACUUCCACCACCUGUGGUUCGUCUUCCACUGGCUGGCCAUGUCCCACACCUGCUACAACCCAGUCAUCCUCUGCUGGAUGAACACUAAAUUCCGAGAAGGUUACCUCAACGUGCUGUAUCGUCUGCUGCCCUGCUGCCGUCCCCGGCUCUCUCGCUAUCUGCUCAAGCUACAUCAAUCCUCGGGGCUGCAACGUGCUCACACCUACAGCACCGCCUUCGGGAGCUCGCGCUCAUCAAGGAAUCAAAGAUUUUGUGAUGAACCACGGAAAAGACGUGAGUCAAGCUGUUCAACCACGGGCUACUUACAAGUCACAGCAGCCACAGAUGUUUCUCUCAAAUUAAUUCGCACCUGUUCACUUAGUCCAAGUGCUGAUGGUCUGGGAUAUAAAGAAACAGACAUGGGCCCAUCAGAUGGCAACAUAGUGCAAAAUGGAAACAAUCACAAUCCCACCGCUGCCACCAUUUGUGACACAAGGAGUCAGCCUCGGAUGAGUUACCUAGACCUGCCGCAUGAUAAGAUUGACAGGUACUUAGAGAUGUCAGGGGAAUCCACACUGUGAGUUAGUAUAAGAUAGACUGAAUUCUCUUCCUUCAGUAAGUGUGAUAAUAUAUGCCAAUGCGUUUUCAGUGUUAGGGUCAAUUGAGUAUGGGUAAUUACUUUGCAGAUGUCAAAUAAUUUAUUUAUAAACAUAGCCAAACACAUACACAUACACACACAGACACACACACACACACAUACACACACACACACACACGCACACACACACACACACACACACACAUAGCAAAAUAAUUCUUGUAGAUCAAGAUACACUCAUUUAUACAAAAACCAUACAGAUAUUGAUAUGCAUUUAUACAACAUGCAUGCAUAAUCACAAUUAUAAAUGCACAAAUGUAAACUAGUAUAUGUAUAUAUGUACACAUAUUCACAUGCAGAUACACGCACCUGUUCACACCAAGCACAGUGAACAGUGGCUCCAAUUGACUAAUAAGCUGAAUUAUGUUCUAAAGAGGAAAAACAAGUAAAUACAACUCUAACCUUAAAAUAUUUCUUUGUUUACUCUUUGUCAAAAUUGUUCGGUGAGUAUUAUAAACCUAGACUGAUCAUUUGCAACAUUUAGGUAAAGACUGGCUGAACAUGUAGGACAAUACUCUGCAAACAAAUUAACAAACAGACGGACCCGUUACAAUACUUGACAAAGUUUUGUUUCGCCAAUUAAUUACUGCAAAAAUGAUCAUGUUCCUAAUUACUAAAACAUUCAGUGUGUAUUUUAGAAAUGUCUCAGCAUGUUAUGUUCUUUAAUCUAGAUUUUUACCUUACAAAUAGACAACCAUUUUAUGUCUACAUUAAUUAGGAACCUAGAUGUAAAUUAAUUAACUCUUCGUGUUCACGGAAUGCUAUACUGUAAGAGAUUGCGGUCGACAAAUAUCCCAACAUUGCUGAACUCGCUUUUGACACCGAGUUAUAGACACUUGGUGAAUUAAAUGGGUGUUAUUGUUUUUAUUAAAAUGACACCAACUUCUACAACCUAAGGCAGAGGAAACCUUAAAUCAGGACAUCUUGAUAAGAAGUGUUUUUUUUUUAUCCCAAAUUAUAUAAAUUUUCUGGAUGAUAAUCUUGAAUUUUUUCCCCUUCCAUAUUCAUUGUUUAUGGCUGUAUUUCUCUGGUGCAUUGAUAAUCUUUACGGUGUAUUUAUAUAAGAUUCUGUAUAUAAGAUUUAAUGUUUGUACCGUGUGAGUAUAAUU